AUGGCUCCAAAAGUUCAACAAACUAAAGCCGCUAAAGCUGCUGCCGCUUUAGCUGGUGGUAAAAAAGGUAAAAAGAAAUGGAAUAAAGGUAAAGUUAAAGAUAAAGCUCAACAUUUAGUUAUCUUAGAUCAAGAAAAAUAUGACAGAAUUUUAAAAGAUGUCCCAACUUAUAAAUAUGUUUCAGUUUCAGUUUUAGUUGAUAGAUUAAAGAUUGGUGGUUCACUUGCUCGUGUUGCUUUAAGACAAUUAGAAGAAGAUGGAAUUAUUACUCCAGUAUUAAAACAUUCAAAACAAUAUAUUUACACUCGUGCUCAAUAG